AUGAACCUACCAAAGGUCCAGAUCUUGCUGGCAUUGAUCAUCUGUGUAUUUCAUGGUCCAGUAUUCUGCUCGGAAGAUGAGACUCGUCUGGUGAAACAACUGUUCACUGGUUACAACAAGGUGGUUCGGCCUGUUAACCACUUCAGUGACGCUGUAGUGGUCACCGUGGGACUGCAAUUAAUACAGCUGAUCAGUGUGGAUGAAGUUAACCAGAUUGUGACCAGUAAUGUCCGUCUCAGACAGCAAUGGGUAGAUGUGAACCUGAAGUGGAAUCCUGAUGAUUACGGAGGAAUCAAGAAGAUAAGAAUCCCUUCAACAGACAUCUGGAAACCUGACCUGGUGCUAUACAACAACGCUGACGGUGACUUUGCCAUCAUCCAUGAAACUAAAGGCCUGCUGGAGUACACUGGGUUGAUAACAUGGAACCCUCCGGCCAUCUUUAAGAGCUACUGUGAGAUCAUUGUCCUCCAUUUCCCGUUCGACCUGCAGAACUGUAGCAUGAAACUGGGAACCUGGACAUAUGAUGGACUGCUGGUUGUCAUCAACCCUGACAAUGAUCGGCCAGACCUCAGUAACUUCAUGGAGUCUGGUGAAUGGGUGUUGAAGGACUACAGGAGCUGGAAACACUGGGUGUACUACACCUGCUGCCCCGACACACCGUACCUGGACAUCACCUACCACUUCUUGAUGCUGCGGCUGCCUCUCUACUUCAUCGUCAACGUCAUCAUUCCCUGCAUGCUGUUCUCAUUUCUCACCGGACUGGUCUUCUACCUGCCUACUGACUCUGGUGAAAAGAUGACUCUCUCCAUCUCCGUUUUGCUGUCUCUGACUGUGUUCCUGCUGGUUAUCGUGGAGCUGAUCCCCUCUACCUCCAGUGCUGUUCCUCUCAUAGGGAAAUACAUGCUCUUCACUAUGGUUUUUGUCAUCGCCUCCAUCAUCAUCACUGUCAUCGUCAUCAACACGCAUCAUCGCUCACCCAGCACGCACACCAUGCCCGCCUGGAUCCGCAAGGUCUUCAUCGAAACCAUUCCCAACAUGAUGUUCUUCUCAACUAUGAAGCGUCCCAGUCAGGAGAUCCGACAGAAAACUCUGUUCCCUACUGACAUGGACAUCUCUGACAUCUCAGGUAACCCCAACCCCACCAGUGUCACUUACCAGUCUCCCAUCGUUAAAAACCCUGAUGUUCGCAGUGCCAUUGAAGGGGUGAAGUACAUCGCUGAGACAAUGAAAUCAGACGAGGAAUCGAACAAUGCGGCAGAGGAGUGGAAGUUCGUUGCCAUGGUUUUGGACCACAUCCUGCUCUGCGUGUUCAUGGCUGUGUGUAUCAUCGGGACGCUUUGUGUCUUUGCUGGAAGACUCAUCGAACUCAACACACUGUAAAGGCCCGACCCAUAAAGGAUUUAUAUGUGCGUGUGUGUGUGUGUGUGUGUGUGUGUGUAUGUGAUCAGAAUAGAUGUCACAAUUGGAGCUGCGGCUGAAAAAGUGUUUGUCUUUGGACUGGUUCAUAUUGUGUGUCUUUGUGUCUCUUUUUACACACAAACAGACACAGUGUGAGUUGAUUUUAAAAUGCUGUAAUGCGUUCUCAUUCUUGUGUCACCUUUUUGAAUGUGUACUGAAUAUUUACUGACAUUGAGACAUUGAGGAGACUGCAGUAAAGGGCAAAUCCAGGCAUCUCAGAGGCUUGAGUCUCAUGGUGUAGGUGGGUCAUACUUGAAGCUGUUCUUGUCACUAACAGUUUUUCUGUUGUUGUUUUUUUCUACAGUGUUUAUUGCUGCCACUCAGUCUGGCGGGCUUGAUGAUUGUAUUUUAUUACUGUAA